GCGCGGCGGGGCGGAAGUGGCAGCCCGCCCUGUCCGGCCCUGCGCAGCGAGGCCGCCCGCGGGCACCGGAGCGAGGCUCGCCGUGGGUCACACCCAACGUGCGGUCUGAUGCCCGUCCGGCCCUCUGACCACCUGGAAUGGAAUGAGCCUAUGAACUCCCUCCGGAUAAGUGUGGGAGGACUUCCUGUGCUGGCAUCCAUGACCAAGGCUGCAGAUCCCCGCUUCCGCCCCCGCUGGAGGGUGAUCCUAACGUCCUUUGUGGGCGCUGCCCUCCUCUGGCUGCUCUACUCUCACCGCCCAGCCCCAGGCAGGUCUUCCACCCACAAUGCACACAACUGGAGGCUCGGCCAGGCACCUGCUGCCCGCUACAAUGACACCUAUCCCCUGUCGGCCCCCCAGAGGACGCCAGGCGGGAUUCGGUAUCGAAUCGCAGUCAUUGCUGACCUGGACACAGAGUCCAGGGCCCAGAAGGAAAAUACCUGGUUCAGUUACCUGAAGAAGGGCUAUCUGACCCUGUCGGACAGUGGGGACAAGGUAUCUGUGGAGUGGGACAGUGACCACGGGAUCCUGGAGUCCCACCUGGCAGAAAAGGGGAGGGGCAUGGAGCUCUCUGACCUGAUCGUGUUUAAUGGGAAGUUGUAUUCCGUGGAUGACCGGACGGGGGUCAUCUACCAGAUCCAAGGCACCAAGGCUGUGCCCUGGGUGAUCCUGUCUGAUGGUGACGGAACCGAGGAGAAGGGCUUCAAAGCCGAGUGGCUGGCCGUGAAGGACGAGCACCUAUAUGUGGGCGGCCUGGGCAAGGAGUGGACCACCACGACGGGGGAGGUGAUGAGCGAGAACCCGGAGUGGGUGAAGGUCGUGGGCCACAAGGGCAGCGUGGACCACGAGAACUGGGUGUCCAGCUACAAUGCUCUGAGGGCCGCCGCCGGAAUCCAGCCACCAGGCUACCUCAUCCAUGAAUCUGCCUGCUGGAGCGACACGCUGCAGCGCUGGUUCUUCCUGCCCCGCCGGGCCAGCCACGAGCGGUACAGUGAGAAGGAGGACGAGCACAAGGGCACCAACCUGCUCCUGAGUGCCACCCCGGACUUUGGGGACAUCUCUGUCCGCCGUGUGGGGGAGCUGGUCCCCACGCACGGCUUCUCCUCCUUCAAGUUCAUCCCCAAUACCGACGACCAGAUCAUUGUGGCCCUCAAGUCCGAAGAAGACAGUGGUAAGAUCGCCACCUACAUCAUGGCCUUCACCCUUGAUGGGCGCUUCCUCCUGCCAGAGACCAGAGUUGGCAGCGUGAAGUACGAAGGUAUAGAGUUCAUUUAAAUCCGUCCGUCCGUCCCCACAUCAAGUGCGGCUUUAGCUGUGUCAGGGCUCACUUUCAUAAAACACGGAGCAAUGCACUUUUGUUUGCUUUAGUUUUUUAUUUUUUGUAACUGAGGUUACAGAAGUUCAUUCCCGGGGCACAUGAAGCAGCCAGAAGUGGACAUCAGCCCCUCAGCCCUGAGCCGUGGCCAUGGGCCGGCCUCUCUCCACACUGCGACCUGGUGGAGGAGGUGGGUCACUGCAGGCAUCCUGACGUGGGCCCUUUCUUCUUUCCAUCUUGUCUCUCUUCCUUGCCUUCCCAUGUGCUCUCCGUCUCCGUCAUGUAACUCUUUCUGGAGCACCCAUGGUGCAGAGUCCCAGCACCGUGCUCCAGCCUGGGAGCAAAGACCCGUGUGAGGUGGGCCUGCCCGUUAGGAACUCCAGGCCCCCGCCCUCUUCCUCCUUGGUGAGCCUGGCAUUCCACACGGCCCUGCAGACCCUUGGAAAGUUAAUGUUUACACUGCAGGGCCGGUCGCAGCGAGGGCCGAGGCAGCACCAGUGCGUUUGUUCCUGAAACCCUCCCUGCUUCCCGUGGCUGAGAACUCCGCUUCCUUCGGGAGGGUUCCAGUGCUGUGUAGCACUUGCAAGUUUUAAUUACCGUUUUUUUAAGGCAAUUUCAUUUCUUACUGAACAGAACAACCAAAUGUUCUCAGCAGUCACAGUUAAACCUUCCUGCCCUGUGCCGAGGAUGUUGUAGUCAGGUAGAACGAAUGGCACAGCGAGCUUCAGAGUUACAGUAAAGGACCCUCGUCCUUGGCCUGUACCUUUUCCUAGCAGCUUUCAGAAAGUGUCGUGCUCUUCUGGACUCUCACUGGUGACUUGAAUGUUUCAUGCCCUGACCCGAGGGCCCUGGGUCCUGACAGGCCUGCACUUGACACUUUGUCCGGGUCUGCUUAGUGCUGGAGCUUGUCCCUGUCAUUUUCCUGGGUUCCUCUCCACGGCCUUUCCUCACCUCUUCCCAGUGGAGGUUCAACCUCUUUUCUAAGGAAGCUCCCUGUCGUCUCUUCUCAAGGUGCCCAGGCAGAAGCAGGGGACUGGGACAGAGGUUAGGCAUGACUGAAGUCCAGAAGGGACUCUCUCAUCUAUCUGGCACAGUCCUCCUCCCCACAGCAACCACCUGGCAACACCCCUCAGGGUAGGACAGAGGCAGCUCUGAAGGCAGGGCCUGGCUCUGUGGGCCCUCAUAGACCUCUGCCACCAGGCAGGGACCCGGAAAGGUGUCCUCCUCUGCUGGGGAGUGUGGUCCUCUCCCUGUCAGACAAGCACAGGUGUGAAGACAGCUCCCAAAUGUGACAUUUCUCCUGCCUUUGCCCACCUCCUUGGUAAAUGUCUUGGAGUUAGCUUGUGCUGUUUAAAACACAGAGAGAUGAAAUUAGCACAGUCAGGACUUGGGACAUCAUGAUGGAGACUGUUCUGAUGUGGUAGUGUCACACCCUCCCACCAUCAGUGGCUUUCGGGUUUUAGAACAGCUGUGCUUUCCCCACUCCUGUUGUCAGCUUAAUGAUUGUGAUGUUUCCUUCCAUUGCUGUCUUGUAAACAAUAAAGUGUUGGGAAUGUGAGCUCUGUUUUGUCUCUUGGUGUUGGCUUUUGCAAGGGCCCGGCCUCAGGGCAUCCCUGGAGGUGGCU